CGAUUUAUUGAUUAAUUUGUCUUGUUCUCUUGUUAUUUGUAUUGUUGAUCGUGUUUAUUUUACCCACGAAUAUACGAUUCCUUUUUUUUUUUCUAAAUUAAAAUCAACCACGAAAUGAUUUAUCGAGUUUUUUCCACCAGUGCCCUUAUAACUUAUCGACAUGAACAUUGACGUAAGUACGCACGCCUGACUCUGACGGAUCGUACACGGUGUGAAUGACGGUGAGAUACUGGCAGGAGAUCCGACAACCGACGAGAAUUCUAGAUUGGAAAUUACACAGACGAGCUUAUAUCGGAUUGGUCGGAAAGUAGUUUCGUUUUUUCACACGAGCGUCGCUAGUCCACCGUUUAUCCAACCAACUUCACUCUAAACCGUGCUGUUCGGAAAGUAAUUUCGUUUUGUCACGCGAGAGUUGCUAGUCGAAUGUUUAUCCAACCAACUUUACUCUAAACCGUGUUAUUAUAUUUCGAGAGUUGACAUUUCGUGGUUUAUUUAUAUUGAAAGAUUCGUUCGAUUCUGUCUUCGGUUGUGUUUCUCGCGCGUGAUAAACAAAGAUGCGAGAUCGAAAGGAAUAUUUUCAACACAUUUUACUAUUUUGUUAUCGAGAAGGUCGAAUUGAUGGCAAUGAUAGGCGCCAAUCUGAGAUUUGGGAUCGGCGCAUCGGGUAACGCGUCGUCAAACGCGACCAAGGUGUUCCAGUGUCAUCCAGGGGGCGCGACAGAGGCCAGCCUCAUCUUCGGCCUCGGCGCUCUGGGCAUGGGAGCGAACUUCCUGCUGAUGGCCCUGAUUCUGGCCAAGCGACAGUUGCGAAGAUGGUCACAAGGAUUGCUGUUCCAUCAAGCGAUGGUGGACUGCGCCCGAGCCGCGAUUUUAUUGCCCCUAGGUUCGAGCAUCCUCAACUGUCAACCGAUGACCAAGUGUUCCCUGGUCGAGACCGCGUUCCUAUUGCUUGUGACGGUGUCCACCGUGAACAUGCUGACAACAGUGCUGAACGACAGCCCGAUCUUCCCCGAAACCGACGAGGAGGCGGACCUCGCCGCUCCUUUGCUCAUGGACUCGCCCCAGUGCGUUCUUUUCGGCACGUUCAUGAUAUGGUUCGCGAGCAUCACGAUCAACCUGGGCCCAACGUUUCUGAGCGGCGCACUUGCCGCGAACACUGAAUCGGGUCACAACGCGCCGAGCUGCCCUCUUGUGCACGGCCCGUUCCGCCAUUACAUACUAAACGUCCUUUGGAUCGCCAUCAACAUGAUCUGCGUCGCCCUCACUCUCAUCCAUCUCAGGAAACUGCACAAAGAUUUGACCAAGGCGAACGUCGAAGCGGUAAAGGUAGCACUACUAACAAUUCUCGUGAAUACAACGGGUAACCAACAAACGAAUGCGGUUCCUGAAAAUUCUGCCGCAUCCACGAAUGGUGGCACGCCCAAGAGAAGCGGGGCGGCGGAGGAGCACCGAAAAAUGAGGAAUUACUUAAAGAGAAUGGAGAGGGAGGGCGUGCAGAGAGUGAAGAUGUUUCUGGUGAUCACCGCCGCGUACGGAAUCUUUUGGGGACCACUGUUCUUCGUCACCCUGGUGGAUCAUCCUAUCAUCGGUAAUCCAACCGGUUACGAGGUGACUCUACAUAUCGCGUACAUUCACGCAUUCGUGAACCCGGUACUCUUUCUCAGCCUGCACCGUGGUCUGCGUCAAGGUCUUUCGGAAUUCUUCUGCGGCUGCUGCGAGGUGAUCGCCAGCUGGAUCCUGGGUCCAAGCAUCCCCGUCGAGAGUACGGUGCAACCGCCACGGUACCAAGAGCCGAUCGAGGCGGUCCCUUCGCCCCCCGAACCCCCACUGGUUCAGCCUAACGCGUGUCCCGAUUUGACGGACGUGGCCCUCCUCAAACCGCCCUUGCCGCCCACCGGCAAACACUUACUGGACGACUCCAUGAUCGUACCACCGGAUCCAUGGAUUCUGGUGUCAAGAUCGAAAAGCACGUCGAGCAUUUACCAAGAAGAUGUUAGUAGAAGAUCGAGCAUAUUAAUACCCCCACCCCUGAAAUUAAGCGACUCGAAAGUGAACGUCAGCCCGACUAGCAGCGAUUUGCCUAGCGAAUGAUCGCCUAGGAGAAAAAAAAUGUUCUCGAUAGAAAAUAUUCGUUCGACCAAUUGAACCGUUCUAAUAAAUUAAUUUUAAUAUACUCUUCCUUAUCGAUAAAUGGUAUAUUUUAGUAUCGUUUAUUAUUUUAUGCGAGAUAAGAAAUUUAUAACAUUUAUAUCGAAUCUUAUAUCUUGUUUUCCAAGAUAUUUAUAAUUUCUGACAAAGUUUGUCAAAAAACUUUGUCAAACAAAAAAAAAAAAAGAAAGAAAGAAAGAAAGAAAGCAAAGAAACUUGUGUCAAAUGAAAUAGUUGAGAGUUUGCUCGAACAACUUUCGAAGAGGAAAGAAUCGCAGAACGUUCACUUCUCAGUCGGUAAGACAGAGAUCUUUUCGGAGACAAAGAUUCUCCUCCUCCGAAAAAGAGAAAGAUAAAAGCGUUGCCAAAAAAAAAAAGAAAAAAAAAAAGGUUCUGCGAGGGACCGUCCAAAAGUCUUCAAAAAUUGCCAAACCACGAAAAGAAAAAAAAAAAGGAAUAAAAAAUACGUAGAAAUAAUUUUUCGUCGAUAUUAAGCACAUUUCCAUGUAAAAUUUCGCUUUCUAGAUGACUACUCUAUUUAGGUAACGCCAAUUUGAAAAAAAAAAUUAUAAAAAAAAGAAAGAGAGAGAGAGAGAGAGAUGGAACAAGAGAAAAGAAGGUAGCCAUUAUUAAAGUAGAAAAUACAGGAA